CGUAUAAGUUUUAUUGGAAUGCAUUUUUCACUCGAAAGUGCAAGUGGAUAAAUAACAGCAAUAUAACCUAAUUAAUCGAUUCUAGCUUAGUGCUUGAUUAUAACUGUGCAUAUCUUUUGAAGUGAAAGAUAGUAGACAAAUAUGAAAUAAUUUUUUGUCAGUUUAAUAACAUAAAUAAGUCGCUAAAACCGUAAAAUCAGAAACUGCAACCUUGGUUCUUGACAGUUGUCUGGCUAUACUUUUCCAGAAAUAUUCAUUGUAAUUAAAAUCUAUAGAGAUAUUAAAUAAAACUCUUUAACUGCGUACUUGAAGGAUUUUAUAUUAUCAAUUUUAUUUUCAUAAUUUUAAAGUGCUGGUGAGAGGUGUUUGUAAACAAUAUAAAGUUGGAAGUGUUAUAAGAAGUUCUUAUAAGUAUUCAUCAAUCUAUUAAGUGUUCUACAUACAUUGCUAUGUCUCAACAUACCCCUCUUUUCGACGUUAUUAUGAACUCAGGAGAAAUAUGUGAAAUGCAACCAGUACAUAGUGGUGAUUGUUAAGGUGCAACUGAUGUCCGCGGUGAGUGGCGAGCCGAUGCUGCGCCGUGUGAAGCAGGAGACAGAGCCACCGCCACAUUACUCGCCACCAGAACCCCAGCCACCUCAUCCACAGCCGCUGCACCCUCGCACUAUGCCCAUGAUGCAGCCAGAGUUGGAAUUGGAGAGUAAGGAGGACGUCAAAUUCUGCGUUUCUCCCGGAGACGGAACUAUUGUGGGCAACACAAGCCCUGAACAGCAGCACUGUUCCUCAACCACUGCUGCUGCAGCCAGUGGAGCAAGGGAUGAUGAGGCACCAAGGAGGGUGUGCCUCGUCUGCGGAGACACUGCCUCAGGGUUCCACUACGGAGUUGCCAGCUGUGAGGCCUGCAAAGCGUUUUUCAAGAGGACUAUUCAGGUGAGUCGGAAGGGCAACAUAGAAUACACGUGUCCUGCGUCAAAUGAGUGUGAGAUCAACAAGAGGCGGCGAAAGGCGUGCCAAGCAUGUCGGUUCCGCAAGUGUUUGCGCACGGGCAUGCUGCGGGAGGGGGUGAGGCUCGACCGCGUGAGGGGGGGACGGCAGAAGUACAGGAGGGCACCCGACGCACCCGCCCUAGCUCAGCCCAGGCCACAACUUGAUGAUAUUAAGGUUCUAGAAGCCCUGAAUUCAUACGAGCCGGAGUUGCUGACAUGCUCAGCGGUUCCAGCGACUGUCACGGACCCCACAGCCAAGACCCUGGCGAUGUUAGCAGACUUAUAUGACAAGGAACUGGUCGGAGUCAUCGGAUGGGCCAAGCAGAUCCCUGGGUUCACUGAACUACAACUUAAUGAUCAGAUGCGUCUCCUCCAAAGCACAUGGGCGGAGAUGUUGUCCCUGAUGUUAGCAUACCGGUCUAUGUCCGGCGGCAGUCCACUGCGGCUUCGCUUCGCCACAGACCUCGCUCUCGAUGAGCAGCAGGCCAGGGAGAUAGGGGCACAUGAUUUGUUUACACAGAUAGCAGGCGUGGCGAAGAGGUUGGAGCGUGCAGCAGCGCUGCGCGAGGAGUGCUACUUACUGAAGGCGCUCGCCCUCGCCAACUCUGAAGCAAGGAUCGACGAGCACGCCGCACUGCGCCGGUUCAGGGACUCUAUACUCGCCGCGCUUAAUGAUGCUGUGUCUGCGCUCAGGCCAUACAACGGUAACUCGGCCCUGCAACAACUGCUGCUGGUCCUGCCGGCGCUGCGGCUGGCGGACGUGGCCGUGCGCCGGUUCUGGGCCGGAGUACACCGGGAGCGACGCGCGCCGAUGAACAAACUGUUCGUGGAGAUGCUGGAGGCAUGUCUGCGGUAGACCACCAGGUACCCAGUGCACCCUGCCCCUACAAAAACCCCUUUUCGUUUCUUCACCUACGGCGGGCGACGCGUCCCCGCGCUAAAUGUACAAAUCGAUGGACGGAUCUAGUACAAAACUUGUUACUAUUUUUGUAUAAUAUAAAAAAAAUAUAUCUAGUUUUACUGUGAGGUUUCGAGAUUAUUGUAUGGUCGAGGAAAGGAUAGGCUGUGCUACUAUGACCUGGAACGUCAUUGUGUAGCUUUAAAUGAGAAGCUGUAGCUGUCUGCUGGGUACCUCGAACCCGCGUGAUGGUAUUUUUUCCCCGACCGUACGGCUUCUGUCUCGGUAAAUGCGGGGGCCGUAUUCGGCGCAUUUAUCAUUAAAAUAUUGUUUUUAUUCUCCUUGUUUUAAUUGCUAAGGUCGGUCGGUUUCCACUGCGGCUGAACGAUGCUGAUGCACCUAUAUUCGUUACUAGAAUUUCAAAGUACAAAUAUACAUGUUAGUUCUACAUCUGGGUAAAGAACUAAGUUUUCUCUACGAACGGAAUGCGAUGUUUUACUAAGUAUUAUAAUGUAAGAAAUAUGAAUUAAUGAAUACUGUACAACCAAUAUAUCUUGACCCGUCUGAAGUGCGCUACAAAAGUAUCGUUGUCCCUUUCAAUCGCUAUUGUUCCUGCUUAUCGACGUCCCGCUCACUUAGUGGAACUCCUAACUUCAGGGGGAUCAAGAUAUACUAGCUGUACUUUAAAUUCUUAUUUCCCAAUUGAGCCGCAGUGUCACCGCACCACUACUCUAAUGUACAACUGUUUUUUAUAAAAUAUGAAACAAAUAACAAAAAUAGAAUUUAUUUAAUGAAAGCAGAUUAUGUAGCAAUAUUUACUAUAUAAACGUUAUAAAUGUUUCUAGAGCUGUUCCACUAAAAUAAUAAUAUUUUAACCGAACUGUUAGUCGUGUAGUGACGCCAUGAAUGUCUGAUCCUUCUGUCAGCAUUGUCUGGGUAAUUUGGAACAAAUUAUUUGGCCAAUGUUGGUGUUUUUAGAUGUAGUGGCCCCAUAUUGGAUGGAUGUAUUUUUAAACGCGUUUGAUAGUAGUUUUCUAUUUAAAUUAACGUGUAAACUAUAGCUGUAACACAAUGUUAGUUGUCCUAAUCGCAGUUAAAAAUAUUUUCAACUAAUAUUUUAGAUUGCUAUGGUGUUUAUCAUGGCUUUUGUGACCCCAAAAGGCCCAGUGACAAGAAUAUUUUGUUAGAAAUAAUGUCCUGUUCAUAAAAGCCAGUGUUUUUGGAGUUUGUUUCUGUUCUUAGUCGUGAUUGUAACAUAUCUGUAGGUAGUUUAGAAUAAUGUACAAAGUACAAGGAAAUAAUACUCUUCUGGGCUUCAAAAUGACCCUUGUUCGUGAAAAAAUCGCUUGGCAACCUUCAAGUAAGGUUAAGUUAACAAUUGUCGAAAUUUUAUUGAUUGUAUUAUACUGAAGCUUUGAUAGAGAGAGAAAUUAACGAGUGCUACCACCAAAUCGAAUGUAAAUAAAAACAAAGCUACACAAAAAUAAUCUUUAUGAAUAAGGGGUUUAGAAUCAAAAUACGGAAGCAUGCUCCAAACGAAACACUAUAGCAAAAACGUAUACCUAAGUGUAACAUCACACAUUGUAUUAAGUACCUAAUUAUUGAUAUGUAAAUAUUAAAAAAUAGAAAAUAAAAAAUAGAUUUAAAAAAUAUAUAGUGGAACAGAUAAUAUCGAAUACCUCAGUACCCGUUACCAUAAACCAGUAAACUGUUGUAUAUAAGUACUAAGUACGAGUCCUAGUGUCUUUAGAUCGAUGCCAGCGCCUCUAACGGCAAAAUUGGGAACUAUAAGUAUACAAUUUUGAAGUUUUGUGUCAAAUUGAGUUACGAAUGUGCAGAGCAGGAUUUUUAUUAUUAAUAUAAAAUGUCUGCUUAUAGUUUUGUUUUGUUGUUGGGUGUUCUAGCAUCGAUUUAAACAAAAAAGAGUCAAAUCAAUGCGAUCACGACUUAAAUAAGAAGUUUAUAUAAAAUUUGAAAGAAGUAGAAAAAUCUAUUCAAAAUUGCACCCAUAGUUCGGUGAACGGUUGAACUUGCAAAAUUAUAUAGAGAAUGGAUCAUAUUUUAUUGUUAAAUAAGGUUGUUGUGUAAAAGUAAGGUGCAUUUUUGUUGUGAUUUUGCUCAAAAAACAUUUCUGUAAGUAUUCGCAUUGUAACCAAGGAUUAAGAGAUGUCUUUAAGGCUUUACGAACGCAAGGAAAUAUAGAUUAUCUAUGCAGUUCUUUUGCCUCUAUCAUCGAAUGUGAUAUCAAGAAAAAUCACAGUUGUAUUUUUAACCUAAUUAUUAUUAUUUCGUUUUACGGCUUCGUAGCUAUUAUUAUGUUAUAAAUAAGUUGUCUGAACAAGCUAAAGGUUGUUUGUAGGCACCGAUGUAUCGAUUCUAGUGUCGAAAUAUCGAUUAGUAUACGUUCAAAAUAUAUUUGUUUAUCGUAACAUAGUUACAUGAAAACCUGUUAUUUUUAUAUUUGAAUCUGUCAGUUGGAAAUAUUCACGAAAAUAUAUUCAUAGAUGUUAUGAAAUUAUUUUGUGAAUAUUUUUAACUUGAAACUAAUGUGAUGGCUUAAGAAUUUACGAAGGCAAUUAUUUUUCGGAAAUGUCUGUUUAGAAAUGAUUUUGUCACAUUUGAUUUUCUAGGGAGUCGAUUUGUACUCGUUUGUUGUUGUACGGACAAGGUGAACUCAUCUUUAUCUAAACUACGUUGAGGUUUAUAUUUCUGUCAAUGUAAUGGCACGUAGAUUCUGUGCGAUUGGUUGAAACUUAAUCAAUUUAUAUUAGCGCAAAGUUGAACUGCAUUAAAGUGUGAAUAGGAAAUAUAAACAUAGCAAAUUCACCUUUAUUCCCGGAAAAUAAAACACAUAUUGCUUCCGAGACGAAAACAAGCGUUGAGACAAAGUGAAUUUUGAAAGGAAUAUGUGCAUUAUUUUGCGUAGAUAAGGUUGAAUUUGCCACGAUGAUGAUUCGGCUAUGAUGCUAAUAAAAAUUGAUCCUUAACCCAAACGAAUUACAGUACAAAUUGAUUCUCAAAUAAAAUUCCACGUGGAAAUGUUAUACUGUUGUAGUUAUUCUUAUGUUAAGAAUAUAUACUUUAAUUAUAUUGUAAUAAUUCGUACCGGUGGUAGUGUAGCGAGCUGUGACGUGUGACUGUGCCAGGUUAUUUAUUAAGUUUAUUAAUUAUCAAUAUUAAUGUCGUUAUUGAUCUGCGAUUACUAAUUUAUAUAAGGAUGUGAUUGUGGUUUGCAGUUUGUAUGGGAGUUGGUUAAUUGGUAUUGUGAAAUCGAGAGUUUUAUGUAGUUUAAAACACCGUAACCGGCGCGUAGGUCACUGGUGGCCUAUGCUAGCAAGAGGAUUUGCGUUCAACAGUUUUCUGUCACAGUCAAAGGCUUUACCUCUUUUCUAAGCACAUA